GCCGCCGCCUCCGCCGCCGCCAUGUUGGCUUGAGGGGUGAUGACAGGAGGCGGCUGCAGCUUUGGGGACUGAAAAGUGGCGGCGGAGGAGGAGAGACAACGCUCUGAGAGGAAACCCUUCCCGGGCUGAGGAGAGGGAGGACCCAGCCUCUUCCGGGGAGCAGCGAAGUCCGCGUCGGAGGGGAGUGGAAGGCGGAGGCAUCGGAGGAGCGCCGCGAAGCCGGAGAUGAUGCGCCCCGAGACCCGCUGCUGCCCGGCGGCGCUGGCGGCCUGAGCCCCGAGGGGCCGUGGGGGGUCUCCGGCGCGGCCCGAGCUCGCCGCGCCGUCCGCUCGCCUCGCCGGGCUCUCGCUGUGGCUCCCGAGUAGUUCGAUGCCCUUGGGCGCGCGGGUUUCCGCGGCCCGGCGCUCAGCCCCGGCGGCGCGAGGUGAGCCGUUUCCCUGCGCCGGCCGCCGCGCGGCCGCCACUCACCGCUCACGCGUCCAUGUGUAGCUGCAUAGUUAUCUGUGUACAUCCCCACCCGGGCAUUUUCCUCCUGCUUAAUGCGGACCUGACUCGGGAGCAAGUGUGAAUCAGCGCGGGGCCGGGAAAGGAGGCCGGCGGAUUUAACCCCCCCCACCCCUCCAUGUCCGUGUGUCACUCGGCUCGGUCCACCCGGCGCGGCCGGUCCUGGGGCUGCUGCUGACGACGACGGCGACGGCCGCUGCCAGCCCGCGAGUUCCCUCCCGCUGCGGCCGCGCGGCUCCUGGGGAUUGUUCCUCUUCGCCCAGAACCUCGGCCAGGCUGGCACUUGGACUCCGAAAUAACUUACUAUUUUUUUUAUUUGGAAAGCAGAUCGCAAACCAAUCCAGAUCGUUCAGGUUGAUUUCUGUAGCUUGAAGACUUCUGCUCUUUUUUUUUUGGUUGGUUGGUGUAUUUUUUUUUUUUCCACGUAAACAUCUGGGUGUAUAUCAAACGGCAAGAUGUCCAGUAGUGUCCCGGCGGAUAUGAUAAAUCUGCGCCUCAUCUUGGUAAGUGGGAAAACAAAAGAGUUCCUGUUUUCUCCCAAUGAUUCUGCCUCUGACAUUGCAAAACAUGUGUAUGACAACUGGCCAAUGGAUUGGGAAGAAGAGCAAGUCAGCAGUCCAAAUAUUUUACGACUUAUUUAUCAAGGACGAUUUCUACAUGGAAAUGUCACAUUAGGAGGUAAUAAACUAUAUAAAACGACAGUGAUGCAUUUGGUGGCCAGAGAGACCUUGCCAGAACCUAACUCUCAAGGUCAGCGGAAUCGUGAAAAGACCGGAGAGAGUAAUUGUUGUGUGAUCCUGUAAACGCUGUCUGCUGAGUGCGGUGUGAUGUCGUCUUUGUCUUUCGUGCUGCUGGGACAGAAGAGACCCUGACGUUGCUUCAGAAACCUUUAGGGAGAGUCUGCCUGUAACUCCAUGGAACUGAAUUAUCCCAUAAACACUGUCAUCUUUUCUCAUGAGAGUAGAAAGAACCAAGAACAUUUUUCACUAUGAUUUUUUAUUUCUAGUGUUUUUGUUUAUGUCAAGCAGUUUUAAAAUAUAUUGGUUUUUGAAUGCAGCCAGUCUCCAGGGGAAAUGUUAAGAGGUUAUCUUUCAUAGCGGAAACCAUUUUGCCCACAAAAAAUCUUCAUCUCCAGAACUAACAAGUGUUCCAAAUAGAGUUUGCACUAAAAAGGAUUGACCUUAUUUUUUUCAUCAGCAGAGUUUAUAACAUUGUUUAUGGUACCUAAAAAUAAUCUGUUGUACAAUUCCACCCUGGAAAACACUCAGCAAUUAAUGAAGUUAAUUACUAAGCCAACUGGAGAGGAAAAAAUGGAAAAGAAACCAAGAUGUUGGGUGAAUUCUACCAAAGUCAGCCAUGGCGCUGUACUGCACAGAAUGCUAAACUGAAUGGGACUCUUCCCUGCAACAAAAUGAAAAAAACAAAACGUGCCUGCUGCUUAAAGCACUCAGUAGAGGGCUGAUGAAACUAGUGUUUUUCCUUUGACACGUGCACUCUCAGUCCUACGGGCGCUGAGCGCUUGUUCGGCAGCACAGGGGAGGGGCAGUGCGCUUCCCAGCCUUAACACGGGGCGAGUCCAGCCGCUCGCAGAGGUCCAUUACUGUGCAGAAAAAUUAGAACACCUCAUUUACUGGUCACCUUUAUGUGUUUGGAUAUCAGCAGAUUGAAUUUUUCUGUAAUUGUUGCUCAUCUGUAACGGUGUCCAGCGUCACACUUGCUCACUAGAGAGUUCUGAUGAAUUCUUAAAAUUAAACUCUCUUUAGAAAAUAAUUUUGUUUAUGCAGUUUGCAUUUGGUAUUAGUGCUUGCAAUUGUAUUAAAAUCAAAAGCUGAUUUUUUUAAGGCAUACAUAUUAAGAAUGCCAUUCUUUUGUUUUGUAUCAAUCAUUUUAAAAUUGAUAUGCUAGAAAACAAUUUGCACAGCACUAAAGCAUGAGCUAGUUUCAUCUAAACCUGUAAAAAUACAACAGAUUUUAUAUUUUUUCACUGGGAAGAAAUUCUUCCUGGAUGAAAUUACAAAUAUGUGUAGAAUAUAUUUAAUAAAGAAACUUAUAAAAUACCUAACUAUAGAACUUAAAUAUAGAUUGGCGUGUAGUGUAUAGAACAAUAUUCCAUAUGAAUAACUUUAGCCUUUAUAAAAAUGAAGUUGCAGGCUGACACUAUGUUCUGUACUUAAGUGUCCACAACCCUUACAAACAUUAGGUGUAAAUGGUUUCAGACGGUCAGCCUUGUUUAAAGGUAAUCAGGUUAUUUUACUCGUUAACGCUUUGAUGAAAAGGCUUUAUAUGCAGUAGAUCUAUGAAAAUAUUGUUCAUACUGAUCAGAAUUAAAUUUGUAUAGAGCAGAGUUUUAAAAUAAAUGUAAAUAGCACUAAACAUUUUCUUUCUGCAACCUGUACUUAAUAGAUUCUUUCUGUAAACUAAAUUUUAAAAAAUUGUAGUGCAUUUCUGUGGUAAUUUUAAAGGUCUUGAUUAGGUUGGUAAUUGUUUAAGCAUUGUCUCACCCAUGUUAAAACUGUUUUCUACUUUCAUUUUUGAAUCUUUUAAAAACAUGUUGAAUUCAUUUUCCGUUGUUAGUUUUGGGAGUGUUCCCCAUGUGUCUGAUAUUUAACCUGGUUAGUGUGUGCACGGUCACCACGACGGAUGGAACUCUGUAGUCUCUGUUACCACUCUUCAAAGGGUUACAUUCAAGAGAUGUUAAAUAUUUAUAUGCUUUGUUGACUAGUUCAAAUGUGAAUUCUGUUAGUGUUGAGUAAAGAAGAAUCUGGUAGUUACUUAGUUGCGCAAUUAAGCCAUUUAUGGCUCUAUUCUUCAUUUGUAAUAUUACUGGUAAUUAUUUUUAAUGCCUAUUUUAAUUCUAAUUAUGCUUCUGUUUUUCCAAAGUUAAAGACUAUCAGUUAAUUGUGACUGAAUUGUUAUGAUGGUUAAAAAUACUCUCUGUUGGUGUUGUGUUCAAUAUAAUUUUGUGUGUUCCCAUAUUAUAAAUUUCCCUUUCACAAGACCUCAGUUUGCAAAAUGGAUAACCUGAUUCAUUAGUAGAGAAAGAAUUAUAUCACUUAAUACCUAAUAUCAUUGUUAUGCAAAAUUAAAAAAAGAAUAGAAAGUAGCAGUAAAAUUAUAUACUGAAAACACCAAAAAUUUAGAUGCCUUAAUAGUGUAUACAUGACAACACUUAACUCUCCCUUUUAAAAUAGUUCCUUGGACUGUCUGAUGGUUAAAGUAUGAUUGAUCAUAUCCAAGGCUACCGCUGAAGAUCCCUCUGCCAAAAAUAACGGCUCACAUACCGAAGGUGAGCCCUGCACAGAUUGAGGAAUGUAAAUAGAGCCUGAGUUAAGGGCCUGUGACCCUGCCUGGCGCUUCGUACCUGACUCACCCAUCUUACCGAAAUUAUCCUAGACUUUAUUUAGUGUUCUGGACAAGGCAAAGCUUUUCUUUUUUUAUUAAAACCUCCGCAUGUCUCCUUGAUCUGAAUUAUUUGCUUUCUCUUCAAGUUGUAUCUUAUCCUACCAUGAAAAAUAGAGUAUCUAACACUGUCAUUCACCUUAAAUGAGGUUUUCUCAUAACAAACAUCUAUCCUUAGUUUUGUCAUCUUGACCAAUGUUACAGUAAUUUCUGUUAGCUGAUUGUGGUAAACAAUGUUUAAUGUGAAAAGAAAUUAAAACUUUCUUCACCUGUUGUAGAAUAUUUUCCCUUCUUUUAAA